CCGGAUUUGCCUAAUUAGGACGAUUGAAUCCGGCCUGCUGGCAGAUCGCAAAAACAACUUCGCGACAAUGGCUGCGCCCAUGCUCCAGUUCCAGCCCUUUACGAGCUCACCGCACGUGUCCUUCUUCCAGAAGCUCGCAGAGCUCAAGCUCAACACGUUCCAGCUCAGCGACGCGCGCCAGGACAUUUCCGGCUUCUUUGAGCUCUCGCCGCACGCCGACGUGCCCGCCCGCUUCAUUGUCGACGACACGGCCUUUGGCUACGAUCCGACGCAGUCGCCCGACCGCGCCAAGCGCGAGUGGCGCCUUCCAGGCGUGCUCGUCAACACCAACACGCUCGACGCCUUCAAGACCAUCGACAAGGCGGCGCUGCUCGACGACGCGCGGGCCUCGGUCGCGUCGUCGAUUGCGGGUGACGCCGAAAAGAUGCAGUGCUUUGUGCUGGUGACGUUUGCCGACCUCAAGUCGCACACGUUUUGGUACCGUUUUGCCUUUCCAGCGCUCGUGCCUCCGUCGCCGUACCGCGUCACGGCGUGGCAGCCGCUGACGACGUUCGAGGCACCCUUGGCGCAUGCGUCGAUCAUGCAGCAGCUCAUCGACCUGCGCCCGUGCACCGAAGCCGAUGGCGUCACGCACUCCAACUUCCCAAUGCAGUUUGUGCUCGACAAGGAGACUGGUACGGUGGUGUCGCUGGCAUCGGCGCCGGCCGCGCCCGACAACCUUUUGUUUGGCAUCGUCGAUCCGUCCGCACUGCCCCAGCACCCGGGCUGGCCGCUGCGCAACUACCUCGCAUGGAUCCGCUGCCAUUACCCGUCGCUCACAUCAGCGACGAUCUUGCUCUUUCGCGAUCCACUGCAUCACUUGACAACGGCGCCGGCGUCGCUCGUGGCCAAAGCCUCGUUCAUCGCAACCGUCACGUGGGCCAACGAAGACGCCGAGAUGAACAAGGUUGUCGGCUGGGAGCUCAACGUCCAGGGCAAGCAAGGACCCCGCUGCAUGCAACUAGGCAGCCUCAUGGACCCGCUCCAGCUGGCCAAGACGUCCGUAGACCUCAACCUCAAGCUCAUGCGCUGGCGCCAGCUGCCGUCGCUCGACCUCGACAAGCUCGCGUCGACCAAGUGUCUCCUGCUCGGCGCCGGCACGCUAGGCUGUCACGUCGGCCGCAACCUUCUUUCGUGGGGGUUCCGCCACCUGACCUUCGUCGACAAUGGCCUCGUGAGCCACUCGAACCCGGUGCGCCAGCCCUUGUUUGAGUUCAACGACGUGGGCAAGCCCAAGGCCGCGACCGCCGCCAAGGCCCUCGCGCGCAUCUUCCCGCUCAUUCACGCCGAGGGCCACACGCUCUUGAUUCCGAUGGCAGGCCACGCCAUGAGCAGCCCGUCGGCGCUUGCUGACAACGAACAAGCGUUCGAGGCGCUGCGUGCGCUCAUCGACGCGCACGACGUGGUCUUCCUGGGUACCGACUCGCGCGAGAGCCGGUGGUUGCCCACCGUCAUGGCCGCUGCGUCCCAAAAGCUCGUCAUCAACGCGGCUUUGGGUUUCGACUCGUACUUGGUCAUGCGUCAUGGUGUGCCGGACGCGGUCGACCUCGGGUGUUACUUUUGCAACGACAUUGUGAGCCCCGGUGACUCGCUUGCGGAUCGAACCCUCGACCAAAUGUGCACAGUGACGCGGCCCGGUGGUGCGGCCAUGGCCGGCGCGACGGCCGUUGAGCUCCUCGUGUGUCUCUUGCACCAACCGCUCGGCGCGGCAGCACCUGUCGCGACCGAGGCCAGCGCCGGGGCCCUUGGCGUCGUGCCCCACCAGAUCCGCGGUUUCCUCCACUCGUUCUCUCAAGUGCUCGUGCAAGGCCCGUCUUUUCCCAAGUGCACGGCGUGCAGUCGGCCGGUGCGAGAGGCGUACUCGCGCGAUGGCUUUGGCCUCUUUGCGUCCGUCUGUGCGUCCAAGACCUACCUCCAAGAUCUCACGGGGCUCUCGGCGCUAAUGGCGUCGGCGGACGCCAUGACGUUUGCGGACGACGACGUCUCGGACGACGAGUCACUUUUGUAAAACGACCAGUUUGUCGCCAGAUUGAAACAUUAAAACAUUGAUACAUGCUUCGUUGGUCGGUACCA